GUUACUGCAUUGUAUUGUCAUGGGUUCAAGAGAUUCGGUAGUGGCGUUCAUGUUGCAUAAAUCAUUUUUACGGGCCGUAGGGCCAUGGUUACCGCGACUUUCAGAUUUGAAUGCUGGUGCUAAAAAAGGUUUGGGAUUAGCGUUCGAAAAUUUGGAUCAUAGUAGCACUUCAUGGCGGACAGCUCCUGGUAUCGAGUUGAGCGUAUUCUCUCCGAGAAAUACGAAAGAAAAGGCGCUCGGUUGGAAAAGUUCUACGAAAUUUUAUGGGCGUAAGAGUUUACCUACAUGGGAACCAGCAAAACGAAUCAAUGCGCAGGUUCCUUUAAUUGUGGAAGCGUAUGAAAAGCAAAAGCAAAAAGGUCCUGCAAAUGACAAAUCCGGUGAAACAAAUACUGAGCCUCUUGAAGGAACUGCCAAAAAUGGUGCACAAAGCUCUAAACGAACUCAUAAUUCGAAAAAGAUCAAGAUUGUUGGCGUAGUUAGAGAUAACGGACGGAAUGUUAAAAACUCGACAUUAUUAGUUGAAAACCAGUGUAGUGGUGAACAAUGGUGUAUGCGAUAUGAAGAUAUCAAAAGGGAUUAUUCAAUUGAAUUGAUUGACUUCUUUGAGGAAUGCGUCUCUGGUUUCACGUGA